UUCCCGCCAUUGCCAUUGGUGUCUUUAACCUAAAUCAGUAAAUCGGAUGCUAAGCUUCGAGGUUCAAAAAAAAAAAAAAAUCCCCAAAAUCCCCAAAUUAGCCGGAAUUGAAAAAUGUCCGGUGAUAAUUCGACGGAGGGUGGCCGACGACGCAGCCGAGGGGCGGAGGCGUCGAGUCGGAAAGACGCACUCGAGAGGCUGAAGGCGAUUCGACAAGGGGGACUUCGGAAUCUAUCAGCUUCAGGUGGUGGGUACGAUAUUAGGCUAGAGAAGCCAAUCUUCGAUACGGUUGAUGAUGAAGAGUACGACGCACUUGUUUCCCGGAGACGCGAGGAGGCUCGCGGAUUUGUAGUCGACGACGAGGAAGGUGGCGAUUUGGGAUACCUCGACGAAGGUGAGGAGGAGGAUUGGUCGAAACCAAGUGGACCAGAAUCGACUGAUGAAUCAGAUGACGGUGGUAGGUUUAGUGGCAGACUUAAGAAGAAGAAGAAGAAAGGGAAAGAAAUGAUGCAGCAACCUCAGGUUAAGAAGGUGAAUCCGGCGCUUAAGGCUGCUGCUACUAUCACUGGUGAAGGUAGACUUUCUUCUAUGUUCACAUCUUCAAGUUUCAAGAAGGGGAAAGAGACUGAUACAGGGAAGUGCGAGGGUAUACUCAAUGAGGUAAUUGCACAAGUUACUGUAGAUGAUCUUGAUAGGGAAAGGCAUAAGAGAAGGAAACAAACAGGUACUGUUCCAGUUACUAUCUCUAGGAACAAAAAACUGGGUUUUGUUACUUCAAGCAUGAAAAUGAAGGAACCAGAACCAAGACCUUUAGUGUACGAGGGUGAUUCUGUUUCCAUGGAGAAUGUGUUAAUGAAAGAUUUGAAAGAGGAAGAUAUGGUAGAGUCUGAAGUCCUUCCUCCGUAUGUUUCUGAGAGUAUGGAUUUACCUGGAAGUGAUAGUGUUAUAGAGGAUGGAUCAAAGAAGAUAAGGAACGCUGAGGUGAAGACGGAGUUAGGUGUAAAGGAGGUGUUUACAUUGAAUGCAACAACUGAUAUGAAAGAUAAGGAUCCGGCUUUAAGCGCCACUGCUGGUUGGAAGGAAGCGAUGGGAAAAGGUGGAACUGAGAAUAGGGACUUACUUGGUUCUAGUUGUGAAGGGCAAACUGAGUUUGAUUUGAAUGCUGAUGGAUCACUUCAUUUCUACAUUCUUGACGCUUAUGAGGAGGCUUUUGGCGCCAGCAUGGGCACAAUAUAUCUCUUCGGGAAGGUUAAAAUGGGAGAUACGUACAAGAGUUGUUGUGUGGUAGUUAAGAAUAUUCAGAGAUGUGUUUACGCUGUUCCAAAUGAUUCCAUAUUUCCUUCCCAUGAACUAAUCAUGCUCGAGCAAGAGGUGAAAGACUCUCGACUUUCUCCUGAAUCCUUUCGCGGGAAAUUACAUGAAAUGGCAUCAAAACUGAAGAACGAAAUUUCUCAGGAAUUGUUACAACUCAAUGUUUCAAAUUUUAGCAUGGCGCCUGUCAAGAGAAAUUAUGCUUUUGAGAGACCGGAUGUUCCUGCUGGCGAACAAUUUGUUUUGAAGAUAAAUUAUCCAUUUAAGGAUCGUCCAUUUCCAGAAGAUCUUAAAGGCGAGUCUUUCUGUGCUUUGCUCGGGACUCAUACCAGUGCUUUGGAGCAUUUUAUUCUUAAGAGGAAGAUCAUGGGACCUUCUUGGCUCAAAAUUUCAAACUUCUCUACUUGCUCACCUUCUGCAGGAGUGAGCUGGUGCAAGUUUGAGGUUACUGUUGACUCUCCCAAGGAUAUCGCUGUUUUAGUUUCGGAGGACAAGGUGGUUCAUCCUCCUGCUGUCGUUACAGCCAUAAAUUUAAAGACUAUGGUCAAUGAAAAGCAGAACAUAAGCGAAAUCGUUUCUGCAUCUAUUCUAUGCUUUCACAACGCCAAGAUUGAUGUUCCAAUGCCAGCUCCAGAAAGAAAGAGAUCUGGUAUUCUGAGUCAUUUCACCGUUGUUAGGACUCCUGAAGGAACUGGUUACCCAAUUGGUUGGAAAAAAGAAGUGGCUGACAGAAAUCUAAAGAAUGGCUGCAGUGUUUUAAGUAUUGAAAACAGUGAAAGAGCAUUGUUGAACCGAUUGUUUUUGGAGUUGAACAAAUUGGACAGUGAUGUUCUUGUGGGACAUAAUAUAUCAGGUUUUGAUCUGGAUGUUCUUCUUCAAAGAGCCCAGGCUUGCAAAGUUCAGAGUAACAUGUGGUCCAAAAUUGGCCGACUUAAACGCUCUUUCAUGCCUAAGCUUAAAGGAAACACUAAUUUUGGGUCUGGAGCUACACCAGGGCUCAUGUCUUGUAUUGCUGGAAGGCUCUUGUGUGAUACAGAUCUAUGUUCUCGUGACUUGUUAAAGCAGGUCAGUUAUUCGUUAACGGACCUUUCAAAGACACAGCUGAACCGGGACAGGAAAGAGAUAGCGCCCAAUGAUAUUCCCAAAAUGUUUCAGUCAUCCAAAACACUUGGGGAACUUAUUGAAUGUGGUGAGACGGAUGCAUGGUUAUCCAUGGAGCUCAUGUUUCACUUAAGUGUUCUUCCUCUCACUCUCCAGCUUACUAACAUAAGUGGCAAUCUUUGGGGGAAAACACUUCAAUUGAUGGAACAUUUGGUUAGUAUAAGGAAAAGCGUCAAAUUAAAGAUGAAGAAGGAAACAGGUCUCAAGUACUGGGAGCUUGACAUUCGGCAGCAGGCAUUAAAGCUCACAGCCAACAGUAUGUAUGGAUGUCUGGGGUUUUCUAAUUCAAGAUUCUAUGCUAAGCCUUUAGCAGAACUCAUAACACUACAGUUGAUGGAACAUUUGGUUAGUAUAAGGAAAAGCGUCAAAUUAAAGAUGAAGAAGGAAACAGGUCUCAAGUACUGGGAGCUUGACAUUCGACAGCAGGCAUUAAAGCUCACAGCCAACAGUAUGUAUGGAUGUCUGGGGUUUUCUAAUUCAAGAUUCUAUGCUAAGCCUUUAGCAGAACUCAUAACACUACAGGCCAAUUUCCUUAUCAUUGCAGGGAAGGGAGAUCCUGCAAAGAACCGUGGAUCUUGUCCAGAAUCAUUUAAACCUAGAGGUAUCUCCUACACAUCGAGUCUCAGGAAAUUCAUUUCAGAAGAGAAAUUAGUAAUAUACGGUGACACAGAUUCAAUCAUGAUUCACAGCGGACUAGAUGAUCUUGAAGAGGUGAAAGCCAUUAAAUCAAAAGUCAUCCAAGAGGUCAAUAAGAAGUAUAGAUGUCUAAAAAUUGACUGUGAUGGUAUAUACAAGAGAAUGCUGCUUCUUCGAAAAAAGAAGUAUGCUGCUGUCAAGUUGCUGUUUAAGAAUGGGAAGCCUUGCGAGGACAUUGAGAGAAAAGGUGUGGAUAUGGUUCGUCGAGAUUGGAGCUUGCUCUCUAAGGAAAUAGGAGAUUUAUGCCUGAGUAAAAUCUUGUAUGGAGGGUCAUGUGAGGAUGUUGUCGAAGCAAUUCAUAACGAACUAAUGAAGAUACAAGAGGAAAUGAGAAAUGGGCAAGUUGCCCUUGAGAAGUAUGUCAUCACCAAGACAUUGACUAAACCGCCUGCAGCUUAUCCUGAUUCCAAAAGCCAACCACACGUUCAAGUUGCACUCAGAAUGAGGCAACGUGGUUAUAAAGAAGGUUUCAAUGCUAAGGAUACUGUACCAUAUAUAAUCUGCUAUGAACAGGGUAAUGCUAGCUCUGCCAGUUCAGCAGGGAUUGCUGAACGUGCUAGGCAUCCUGAUGAGGUGAAAUCAGACGGAAGCAGAUGGUUGGUUGAUAUAGAUUACUACUUGGCACAGCAGAUUCAUCCGGUGGUGUCUCGUCUAUGCGCAGAGAUUCAAGGAACAAGUCCUGAACGUCUAGCCGAGUGUUUAGGACUUGACCCAUCAAAGUACCAAAGCAAAUCAAACAAUGCCACGAGCAGUGAUCCUUCGACCUCCCUCUUAUUUGCUACAAGCGAUGAAGAAAGAUAUAAAGGCUGUGAGCCGUUAGCAUUAACAUGCCCCAGCUGCUCUACUUCUUUCAACUGUCCAUCUAUUGCUAGUUCUGUUUGUGCGUCAAUCAGUAAGAAACCUGCGACACCUGAAACAGAGGAAUCUGAUUCCUCAUUCUGGCUUAAACUGCAUUGCCCGAAAUGUCAGCAGGAUGAUAUCACUGGAAGAAUAUCCCCUGCUAUGAUAGCUAACCAGGUGAAAAGACAGCUUGAUGGAUUUGUGUCAAUGUAUUACAAAGGCAUAAUGGUGUGUGAUGACGAGUCUUGCAAGCACACAACCCGCUCCCCCAACUUUCGCUUGCUUGGUGAANUAACAGCUUUCAUUCAAGCCACUUAUCGAUCCAUUAUUCAGUGA